AUGGAAAAAACAUUAAAUGAUAUCUCGUUACUGUGGAACGACAUUGGACUCUUCAAUGAUAUUUCCAGGCUUCCUUCCACAUCUUCCACGGACCGUUUGGCCUCCAACGAGGAUUUAAUUGAGGAAUUGAAUUAUAAUGAACACCUAAUAACGAAUAAAAUUGAUAAUUUAUCGCAUAAGUGGAACAUACUAAUGGAUCAAAUAAAAAACAACGAAACUAUUAUAAAAUUACACGAAAAUACAAUAUUCAACUUCAGUGAACUGACGAUAAAGGAAAUACUCUUGCACAAUAAUUUUAAAUACAUUAAUCAGAACUAUAAUCAGCUGUUACAACUAAAGGAACAACUGAACGCUAAAAUACAAAAAAUGGAGUCGAUAUAUAACAACUACAACAACUUGAAUUUAAAUGAGAAGUUCAUUAACUCCCUGCCGAUUAGUUCCAGGGACUUUGACUGUAAAAUAACUGACCUGAUCGACGUGAUUAGGAAGAUUAAGAGCUCAAUAGAGUUCUUUGAGCACAAUAAAAGCUACUAUAAGUCCGAGUUUUAUAAAGCUAAGUACCAGGAACAGUUUAAGCUACUGCUGCAGUACGUUAAGAUGCUGCUGAAGAAUUACUUUAACGGACUGGCGCACUUCAACGUGCCCGGAAGCCCAGGAGCUAGACUUAAAGUUAACAAGGACGGCAGCACUAAUGACCUGAGCACUAAUAAACUAAUAAAGAGCUUAGAGAGGAUACGAGGCCUGUUGACGCACAUAAGGAAUGAGGAGGACGAAAUGCUGCAAAUAGAGAUGUACUACAUCAACUUCAGACUGCGGCUGUUAUACCACAUGGGUGAAUUGGAAAACAACAAGGGCGAUUUCGGCGAGCUACUGGAGGAUAUCGAAGUGCUCGUAAACCAUUUUAUUAACCUGGUUAACCUGGAGAUGUUGUACUACAACGUGCUGUUUGGAGACAUUCUAUCGACAGAUCAGGCCUCCGUAUUGAUCAAUGCAAUAAACAAUAACUUUAACACGCUGUUGAAAGUUUACUUCAAUAACCUAAGUAGGACUAAGAACAUAAAGAACUUUGGUGAAAUGGAAAGGAACAAUGAAAAGUUGAGGUCGACGUUGGUAGAGUUAAGUAACUACAGGGACCAUUUGUUUAAUAAAAACGUAAACACAGCAACUUUAAACAGCUACCUUAACCAGGCUGAAAGCAUGUUGGUGAACAAUUUGGCGUAUUUCUUUAACAACUAUGGCAGUGUCGGCGGAUAUCCGUUCGAUUAUUCGCACAGUGAUUUGCCAACGUAUUGCACGGGAUACUUGCUAAAACAAGCAAGCGCCGAUGUAUUUGGAUACCCCAAAGAUGAUUCUUCCAAGGACGCUGAGGGUGACAAUAAAACUGAACCAGGAGAAAGUGGGCUUAACGCCUGCAUACACCCACUGGUGUAUCACAUGUUAAUAGUGAUAAAUAAGUAUGAUGCGCACAUAUUAAACAAAGCAAAGUUGUAUAAAAGUCUAAUGAUUCAUCUGAAGAAAACGCUGAAUGAUUUUGGGCAUUUUAAGACGCUGAAGCUAUCUAAGCAGCUGUACGAAGUUAACUUGAGACUGUUUGCGUACAAUAAUUUAUACUAUUUUAACAGUCGCUUAAAUUUUAACACGGAGGAUGUUAUUAACUCUGGAAGUGCGGCAGGGCAUGUUUUCAGUGAAUUGAAGACGCAUAUGAGUCAGAUUAAAAUUAAGUUGGUCCAGAUGCUAAUAGAGCAGUUAUGCAGCAAGGGCGUGGAGACUAUGGACGAGGAGGGGGAAAGUAAGCUUAAUAAAAUAUACAAUGUGCUGUACAACAUAAACAGUGACGAAAACUUCGUUGAUUCUAUCGUGGAUCUGAUUUUAAGCCAUUUUAACCUGGACAGGCACCUUCUUAGUAGAAACAGGGAAGAAGCCGAUAAUAUACUAGUAAUAUGA